AUGGAGGACGAGUAUAUUCGAAACAUGGUUCGUAGUUUAACCAAACGGGCUCGAGUUACAUCGUGGGCCAAUAUCGGCUUAGCGUUGGUAGUGGGCACCAGUUAUCUCACAUAUCCGUUGUUCGCAACAGGAAGAAUUUUGCCGUACGGGUUUUAUGUUCCGGGAGUGGAAAAAUUCGACUCACCUCAAUGGGAGGUGCUGUACAUUUUUCAAUUCUUGCUUUCAUUUCCGGGAGCCAGCAUGUACAUCCCAUUUACCAGCUUUUUCGCCAACUGUACGGUGUUUGGCUUGAUCCAGUUGAAAACGAUAGAACAUCAGCUGCAGACAUUCAAGAAACCUGCAGUCAACGACGACUUGGGUCAGUACGCCAGGUUAAAAUCAAUCAUCCGUCAACAUCAAAGAGUCAUCGUGUUUGUGCGUGAACUGAACUCACUCGUGACCAACGUCUGUUUGAUUGAACUACUCUCGUUUGGAUUGAUGGUGGUCGCUUUGCUCUUCCUGAUAAUAGUUGUGCGUGAUGAAAUUGCAGGAUUCGUCUCGAACUGUGAUGCCUAA